CUGAUUCGCUCCAGUAUGACAGAUCUGCUUACUGAAUGCCAGACUCAUUUUCACUGCAUCGACUUGUAUGCCAUACUUGGAGUCAAGAAAGAAUGCACAUCGGCCGAAUUGCGCAAGGCUUUCUACAAAAUGUCUCUCCUACAUCAUCCGGAUAAGCAUAAUGGUGAAUUGAAGAAAGAAGCUACGGCACAAUUCCAAGUUUUAUCAAAAGUAUAUGCAAUUCUCUCCGACGAUGAGAAACGCAAGGUGUAUGACGAAACAGGGAUUGUUGAUGAAGAUAGCACCAUUACAAGCAAGUCUUAUGAGGACUGGAUCCAGUACUGGCAGCUCAUGUUUCCACGAGUAACAACGAAGCAAAUAGAUGAAUUUCGGGAGAAGUACAGAAACAGCGAAUCAGAGCUAAAUGAUUUAGCGGAUAUUUACGAACGCUGCAAAGGGGAUAUGGAUGUCAUUUUGGAAACCCUCCUCUUUGCAUCCUACGAGGACGAAGCACGAAUUCGCCGCUUGGUCGACACUUUGAUCAAACAAGGGAGGGUACAAGCCUACUCGCAAUUCAUGGAUGAACAUCCGUCGAAAAAAGCCAAGCGGGCUAAAAAGGCACUCAAAGAAGAAAAGCUGUUCGCCUGUGAACAAAAAUCUCGUGCAACUGAUGAAUCCCUUGUCUCUGCUAUCCUAGCUAAUCGCGACAAGCAUCUUAAGUCAACAGAUGAAUUGCUAGACCGUUUGGCUGAAAAGUACUGUAAAAAAUCCGCGGAAAAGCGCACUAAAAGCCGAUCCAGCGUUGUGAAAAAGAAAUGA